AUGCCAAUGAGGGUCGCCGAAAUUCUGUCGGAUCUGACAUCUCUGAGGGUCUGUGGACAUCCUGAGGCACUAGUUCUUGUCAACGUCCACAAGACUCUUUCCAACUCAGAGACAGAUCACCAACAACAUACGCAGCAUUCCCGUAAUAAUAAUGCCCAAUCCGAAGAUUUGCGACGUGCCCGAGACCUCAUCGAACUGCAUAAUGAUGUCAUGUUGAAGCAGCUGAAUAGGCCGGGUGUCGGGUUAAAUGAAGAGCUCCGAAAGGCUAGACAGGAUGUUGAUCGUGUGCUCCGGGAGCUGGAUAGAUGA